UUGGACUCUGGGACGAGACGGUUUAAAAAUGCGCUUCAUUUGUUUGCUGGUGAUUUGGGCAGCUGCCGCGUUACAGGUCUGCCUGGCGGACAACAAGGUGUCCUGCAAGGACGAGCAGGGCCACGACGUGGACUGGUGGUACAUCUACAAGCUGCCCAAGCACUUUAGUCACAGACCGCACGGCCAGGACGUGAGUGGAUUGCGCUAUCUGUAUGUAACCAGCACGAACUACGACAACUGGCAGAUGUCGGGACGACGCAUAAGCGAUGCCAACUCGAUGCCAGCCCAGACUCUGAAGCCGCUCUAUGCGGACGAGCAUCGCGUUCUACUGGCCGCCUACAAUGAUCAGUUUCCGAAUGGCACCGUCGCCAGCAAUGGGGGCCAUACGAAGGGUGUGAUUGCCACGGACGGCGCGAAGGGCAUGUGGCUGGUGCACUCGGUCCCUAGAUAUCCCACUGUGCCGGACUACAGUUAUCCCACCACGGGCGAGAAUUACGGACAAAGUCUGCUCUGCAUGACAAUUGACGCUGAGGGCGUUGAGAAGGUGGGCGAGCUGCUCGUCUUCAAUGAGCCGCACUUCUACUAUGAGCGCAAUCCCUUGCUUAAAAUCGGCGAUCUGUUUCCCAGUCUGGAACGGGCACUAAAGCGUCAGUGGCGCACCGAAUCACCCUACCAGAAGGAAGUGGAGCUGCGCACACUCGACGGCAAAAAGUUUCGACUCUUUGGCAAAAGCCCGCGUGCCAAUGUGGAGCUCUAUAGCGAUGUUGUGGCACCUGCUCUGGGCGUCAAUCUUUUCGUGGAGGCGUGGCGCGACGGUGCUGGCAAUUUGCCCGACAGCUGCGACAAGCCCAACAUGAUCUACAACGUUGAGGACAUUGCCAAUAACGAUUUUGCAGUAGAUUUCAAGACCACCAGCGAUCACUCCAAGUGGGCCGUCUCCGAGGAGACGGGCAUUAUGCUGCAUCGCUGGCGCAUCGGUGGCGGUGAUUGGAUUUGCAUCGGCGACAUUAACCGGCAGCAGGAGCAGCACAAUCGCGGCGGCGGCACUGCUUGCCACAAGAGCUCCCGCGUAUCCAAUAUUUAUCGCCAAUUGGUAGCCCGCUACGAAAAAUGUAACUAAAAGCUGAGACGAUGAUGCCUAAUAAAACUUUAUUUCCC